UCUAUUAAUCAAUCUCUCUCUCUCUCCAGUCUCCGCAUUCACCCCACAUCCCAACCCCUUCUCUUCUCCAACCUUCAUCCUAGGUUACCAUCUACUCUUUAAAUCCAGAUUUUGUUGGGUUGGGAGGGGGUGGGUUUGAAUUCAAUUGAAGUAGCACAGUUUCAUAAUGGAAGUGCCUGUUGUGUCCUUCAUUAUCAAAAGACUUGGAGUUUUGUUAACUGAAGAAGCAAAAUUCUUAUACGGAGUAAGCGACCAAGUUGAACAAAUCCAAGUCGAGUUGAAUCGAAUGCAAUGCUUCUUACAAGACGCAGAUUAUGCAAUACAAUCUGAUCUUGUAGAUGCGAGGGUCAACAACUGGCUUGCGGAAAUCAGAAAACUUGCUUAUGAAACUGAAGACAUCCUCGAAACUUUUGUCAUCCAAGUUUCAUCCAAAAGAAACAAAAAGGGUUUCCGAAACACCCUUAAAAGAUUCGCUUGCAUCUUCAACGAAUGGCUAGACGUUCACAGGGUCGGAAGUGAGAUCGGUGCCAUUAAAAACAAGAUCACUGACCUCACCGCUAGUUUACAUACUUACGGCUUGAAAAGUAUAGGUGAAGGCAUAAGAAGUUCGGCAGCUGAGAAGCAACAAGAAUUGAGGCAAUCAUAUCAGCAUGUUGUUGAAGAGGAUUUUGUUGGGUUUGAGGAAGACUUGAACAAGGUUGUGAAACAUUUGGUGCAAGUUGAUGUCUAUACUCCUAGUCGAGUUGUCUCUAUUUGCGGCAUGGGUGGUUUGGGGAAGACCACUCUAGCUAAAAAAGUAUAUCAUCACAAAGAUGUCAAGAAUCAUUUUCAUUGUUUGGCAUGGGUAUGCAUAUCUCAGCAAUACCAAACAAGAGAUAUUCUGCAAAGAAUCUUCAUCAAACUUGUUCCAGAGGGGAAGAAAGAGGUUGUCAGGAUGAGAAAUUUGUUCAACAGACUACAAUCGAACAACUUACAUCUGUCCAACAGACUACAAUCGAACAAGAUCUCAGGAGAUGGUGGUGGUGGGCGUGGUAGGCCUAGGAGGCAAGAGGUGCCGCUAUUAGAUGUAAUUCUGGCACGAGAGGAAGGAGUUGGUCAGGCCAACGUGGCCGAGCCACCAGGUCAGCAAGCCCAUGUUGCCAAGACAGGGCCAUCAUUUCUGAAGAGGGAGCUCUUCCGGUUGAAUCCAGAUGAGUUUUUUGAGGACUUGAAGGAGCCACUGAAGGUGGAUGAGUGGCUAGGGCAAAUACUAAAGACGUUUUUCGGGGACCCAAAAGAGCCACUAAAGGCAAAUGAGUGGCUAGAGUAG